AUGGCGUCCGUUUGGGAUUUGUCGUUUUGUAGAAAUUUUUAUAGCUGCGUAUCGGCAAGUAGUGAUGGUACCAUUAAAUUAUGGAGUAUUGGUCAGCAGUGUUGUAUAUCAUCACAUAAAUGUCAUUCAGAAGGAGUUUGGGCUUUGCAGGCAGACUCAAGCUUCUCAUAUGUAUAUUCGGGUGGUCGCGAUAAACAAGUAUUUCGAACGGCGAUUAAUGAUUUCAAAAGUUCCCAAUUGAUGUUUGUUGAAGAUGCGCCCAUUCAAAGGUUGCAACUGACAGAUGUUGAUCGUCCUCGUUCGAUGUGGGCUGCAACUUGGAACUCAUCGAUAAAACGAUGGCAGUUGCCGAGUGAGGGACAGCUGAGUGUGAACAUAGUGGAUGAUGAUAGCUGCUAUGAGGAUAUGGUACCGUUCGUUUACGAGCCUGACCUCAUCAUACCCGAUACGGACGAUAACGUGGCUGUUUGGGAUGUGCUGAAGGGAAGAAAAGUAUCUGAUCAUGGGAGGCGACCAAUGGAAGAGGUGAUAAAGGAUAAUUUCAAGAAGGUUUUUGUCCCGUCUUGGUUCACCGUUGAUCUCAAAAGUGGCAUGCUGCAAAUAACUCUCGAUGAAUCGGAUUUCUUCUCUGCGUGGGUAUCUGCUAAAGACGCUGGCUUUCCGGAAAGACAAACCGAUACAAAAAGUUUGUUUUCGGGUCAAUAUACCUGUUGUUAUCACUUCAAAAGAGUAAUUUUUCUUCGAAGAGAUUGA